AUUGAUGCGUUGAUUGAAACCGCUGCAAUGACAGUGACAUUGACCUUACGCUAUGACAGAUGUCAACUGACAACGCAUAACCUGCAAAACGCGAAAAAUUAUCAAAACAAAAUAAAAUUUAAUUGUAAAAAUGUUUUUAUAUAUAAUGAGUAUUGCAUCGCUUGUUAUUCAAGCAGUAUUUUUAACAUUAGCUAUUGCUGCGGGUCUUUACUAUUUAGCCGAACUGGUAGAAGAAUACACAGUUAUGGCUAAAUCUGUUAUAACUUGGGCAGUGAUUGCUACUGCAUUAGUACACGUUGGACUGAUAGUGUUUGAAGAUAUACCUAUAAGUUUGAAUAUCUUAGGUCUGGUCCAGCAAGUACUGCACGGAACCCUGAUGAAAGAUUUUCCAGUAGUGAGGGUUCAGAGUAUACCAUUCAUUGUAGCAGUUAUCACUCUCAUUCUGCAUCAUUAUAUGGCACUAAACUACUUUGGCACAGUCCUCUACUCUUUCUCCGAGGUUCUAGCAUAUUUCACAAUUUGCUUGUGGAUUGUACCCUUUGCACUGUUUGUGUCGCUGUCUGCCAAUGACUAUGUUCUGCCCACCACUGGAGAACGGCAGCCACUAUUAAAUGAUGACAAUGUGGUUACAGACUAUUUAUAUCGAAAAUCCAAGAGAUACAGUCUUUUAUCGUUUUUCACCCUAGCCAAAGACAGCAUACUGCCACAAAGGAGUAAAAAAGGCUUUUAAAAUUGCUUACCUGCUCCAUCAUCAUGGAACAUUCUUAUCAUGCUCAUUACCUUGAAAAAUGGCAGUGCAAAAUUGCGAGAAUAACAUAUCUCCACAGUCCACACUGCUGCCAUUAGUGUUUUCGAAUUAAUACGACCUGCAAACCUUUAAGUGUAUUUCUUAGUAAAAGGCUGGCGACUUUGUAGAAACUCCUCCAACAUUGCAGAUGUACCAUUGAAGAAAUUGAUUAAUAGGCAGGUGACGGACCUGCGUCAUUUGGAGUCAAUUCAAUAUAGUGAUCUGCCGACUGGGUUUGUCAUAACACGACCAAAAUAUGGUCCGCCAUCUGUCUAACGCUUCUUACAGACGAACGGCACGCGACGGCGGCAGUCGACGGCACGUGUUGGCGGCAGUCGAGGGCACGUUUUGGCGACAGUCGACGGCAGCCGUUGACAGUUUAUGAUGCUUGCAGGGGC